AUGUGGGUGGCAACGAAGCUCUCACAGGCCGAUUGUCGGACUUUAACUCAAGCAGUCCUCUUGAAGAGCUGGGACUGCCAGCCACGAGCUUUUCUGGGAGCUACCCUCCUCAAUUGGAAUCCUUCCUUCCUUGAGCAAUCUCGAUGGAACCCAUUCACUACCCAGUCCAUUUCCUCUCUUUCUUGGGUUUGGAAGAAGAAGAAGCUCACACAUUUGGCACUCAGAACGAUCAAUUUAUAUGGCGAGAUUCCACCUUCAAUUGGAAACUUGUCUCAGCUUUAUUGGUUAAGCUUAGAUGGCAACCAAUUAAGCGGUGCUAUCCCAUCUCAGCUCAUGAACCUCACUCAGCUAACUACUUUGGACCUCGGAAGUAAUCAACUGUCGGGUUCUAUACCGUCUUGGCUUAUGAACAUGACUCAACUGGUCGAGCUUGACCUUGCAGUCAAUAAAUUCCACGGUGAGAUACCUUCAUCAAUCUCUCAACUUCAAAAUCUCAAGUACCUCCGCCUUUUCAAAAACAACUUCAAUGGUACUCUUGAGCUAGACAACUUUCACAAGUACAAACGAUUGCAAGUGCUGCAACUAUCAUAUAACAGGCUAUCAUGCUACACGAGUAGUGCAAAUCUUAUUCUUCCACAGCUUUUAGCCUUAGGACUCGCUUCAUGCAAUUUAAGCGAGUUUCCGGCAUUCUUACAAAACCAAGAGGAUAUUCAAUGGUUGGACUUGUCCAGCAACAACAUUAGCGAAGUGCCCUUCUGGGUAUGGAAUGGCAGUUUUAAUAGCAUGGUCUACUUGAAUCUCUCUCAUAACUUCUUAAUUGGUCUUGAUCGAUAUUACCCGAUGCAUGCUUUAUAUGAGUACACGAUAGACCUCUCUCAUAACAUGUUGAAAGGACCACCCCCCGAAGCACCGUCGUCAACAAUGUCCUAUAUAGUAUCUAACAACAACUUGACGGGAGCAUUGCCAGCAUGGAUCUGCAAUUUGAGUUCAGCAAUCACACUGGACUUGUCUUCUAACAAUUUGACCGGCGUGCUUCCUAUUUGUUUGGGCAAUAUCAGCGAAUCACUCCUGGUAUUGAACCUAAAAGGCAACAAUUUCCACGGGAGCAUUCCAGAGCUCUUAGUGAGGGGGAUGCAAUUGACGAUGAUUGAUUUGAGUGAUAACCAGUUGCAAGGUAAUUUACCGAGGUCCUUAGCCAAUUGCAAAAAGCUCGAGUUCAUCAACUUUGCAAACAAUCUUAUCAUGGACACCUUCCCAUCAUGGUUGGGAUCACUACCGGAGCUUCAUAUCCUUAUUUUGUGA